CCUCCUCUAGACUCUCCCCCAUCUUUAUAUUCCCCACUCUUGUCCUGCUACCUCUUUCAUAACCUCCGCAGUGAUUGUCAGGGAGAGAUGGAGUCAUCUCUGCUCUUCUCUCUUUUUUUGUGUGUGUGGGCCCUCAGCAGCCUGACAACAGCAUCAGUAGAGGCAACAGAACAGUGUCCGGAGAGAACCCUCGGCAAUGAAAGAAGACGAGCAUGCCCAAAAAAGUGUCAGCAGGACAAGGAGUGUGGAAACAAGCGCCAGUGUCUCUGUGAUGGGCAGUGUGGACUCAGCUGUGUUGCUCCAGGUCGGACUUGUCCGUGGCCUCUUCCACCUGGCAAACAUUUGGACGUAGCUCUCCUUUCCCCUUCACCCUCUUUCUCUGCUCUGCUUGAGAUCCGUUGUAAGACUGGGUACACCAUGCCUAACGGGUUGGAUGUAACAAUUCGCCGUUGCCAAGGUGACCGGCAGUGGAGUGGAGAUGAGCCUGUUUGUAUAGCCGCCUCCCAGGAGGAUGGAGGACAUGCAGCAAUGCCGGUUCUGGUGCCCGAGGCGUCCUGUUCUCUGCCUGACAAUGAUCUGCUCUCUGUGCAGGGCAGUGGGGCCGUGGGAUCCACCAUUCAGUACAAGUGUGCAUCUGGAUAUGUGCUGGUUGGGCAUAGUGAGAAUAUGUGUCAUGAGAACCAGACGUGGCAGUACCCUCACCCCAUCUGUCGCCGUCCGUCUUGUCCUCCUCCUCAGGAGGUUGAUCGUGGCCAUCUGGUGGCCAUCCAGAGAGCUGAGUAUGAGGUGGGUGACACAAUCUAUUACCUUUGCAAGAAGACCUUCUUGCUGGAUGGGCCGAAUCAAGUCACUUGUUUACCUAAUGGCACAUGGAGUGCAGUGCCUGCUUGCCGGGGUAAGAAAAGCUGGGCCCGUUGUCCAGUCCCAGCACAUCGUAGCAGGGUGAUAGUGGACGGGGUAAAGCGCUGGCCGUAUGAUUUGACGGACAGUAUGGUUGCUCAUGGAGAGAAUGUGACAUUUUUCUGUCAACAUCCUGAAAAGCUGUGUAGCUUCACUGCCACGGAGGUCUGUGUGGACGGACAGCUAACGGCACCUAGUUGCUAUCUUGACCCGACAUGGCUACAGUUUAAGCUCUUCCCUCAUCGACUGGUUUCUGAGAUUGAUGCAUGUGACCCUGCUGACCUCCAGUGAACUCAAAUGUCACUACAACAGAUUGCAUAAAUUAUAAUGCAUAAAUUGUCUUACUGUAAUACGCCAACUAUGGGGUAUCUUACAGAUUUUAAUACUGCUUGCGUUUUAUGUUGCAUUGACACUGUUACCUUAAACAGAGUGUGGUUAUGAAAUAAAGUUUGUUAUAUUGUAGUUGAUGUAUGGAAAUAACCUUAUACUUGUUUGAGCUUCUGGUACAAUUUGCCACUAGCUGCUUUUUUGUAUUUUAUUGUCACACAAAGUGCUUUCAUAGGCAGGAUAUUUAUCUCAUAUUUUAAUUCUUUGUUACCAAAGUGUUUUUCUGCUAUCUGAUAUAUAAUUUAUCUAAUUUGGCCAAAGCAAAGUCUGAAAUCAUGAACAAUGCUUUUUUACUAUAUUUCAAAAUGCAGUCAACAUAUAACGCUUUGUUUGUUUUAUUUGAUUUAUUUUAAUUACUGAUUAAUUACUUGAUAACAAUUGCUUGUCGACUGGACUGCUUUGUUUGGAUUACAUAAUGAAUAAAGAAAAGACUGGAAUUGUAUAAUAACAGAAAAUACUUGUGAACCUUAAUUGUUUCAUUAAAAAUGAUACAGCCCUCCA